AAAGCAGCCUCUUUUGCCGUUUCUUACCCGGAAAACUGUCAAAGAGCGGCAGCUUCUCGAGCGGCAGGCUUGUCGGCAGGCGCCGUUGAUUGAUGAAUUGGCGGCCCCUCCACCCCCGACCCAACCCCCUGAACCCUGGUCCUGUGGUGGGACAAGUCGCGUGGGUCCCGGUCGAGUGGCCCGCCCCAAACCUCCUACCAUCACACAAAGCAACUUUGAACUUGAAACUUUGCGCCGUCUUUCGACUUUUGGUAUCGGAGGACAAGCAAAAUCUCCGUUGUACGCAUCAUGUCCGCACUAAGCAAGCGCCAGCAGGCGCGCAACGAAAAGGGCUUACAAGACCUCCUCCAUAACGUUGCCGGCAACAACUUUUGCGCCGACUGUCAAGGAAGGAAUCCUGGUUGGGCAUCAUGGAGCUUGGGCAUCUUCCUGUGCAUGCGAUGCGCCACCAUCCACCGCAAGUUGGGCACCCACGUGUCCAAGGUGAAGUCGCUGAGUAUGGAUAGCUGGACCAACGAGCAGGUCGACAACAUGCGGAAAGUCGGCAACGUCGUGUCUAACAAACUGUACAACCCCGACAACAAGAACCCGCCCGUGCCGAUCGAUGCCGACGAAGCUGACGGCGCAAUGGAGCGAUUCAUCCGGCAAAAGUACAUCGCCCGCACCCUGUCGGUCGGCAAGCGGCGGCCCGGAGGGGACUCGGACGACACCCCACCCCCGCUUCCUCCGAAGACGCCGAGCCGGUUCGGCCUCCGCUCCGCUUCCUCCAUAUUUCCCCUCGGGUCCAAGGCCAAAAAGGCGGCCGGGCACGAACCAACCAGCCCGCAAGGCUCGCAAGGCUCGCAAAUCCAGCCGCCGCCUCGGAGCAGCUCGUCGGGGUUAUUCGGUGUGAGCGUCGAGCGCGACCGGGCAGAGGGAGAUGAAACAGAGCAGAAACUCGCCAAACUCCGCGACAUGGGUUUUAUGGACGACCAGAAGAACUCGAUGGUGCUAAAGGGGGUGGGCGGGAGCCUGGAGAAGGCAAUCGAGGCGUUGGUGCGGCUGGGGGAAGGGGGUGGGAGGGCGGCGGCACACUUGACGCCUGCGAGGGCCGCGACGAUGCCGGUAACCCGAAGCCUCACAUCCGGGGCAAACACGGAAGCCGCCCGUACUCGUCCAAUAAGCCCGGCCAGCACAAAUCCGUUCGACAUGCUCGACACCCCGCCUCCACCACAGCCGCUCUCUUCGCAGUCGACGGGCACCUUGCAGACCAAGAACCCUUACCUCUCGACGAACCCGUUCGGCGCGCCGCAGCAAGCUCCUUCGGCACUCGAUCUGGCCUUCCAGAACAUGUCAUUGGCGCCACCGUCGCACCAGCCUCUGUUUCCUCACCACACGGGCGGUUUAGCACAGCAACAAAACACGCAGCAACACAACGCGCAGGUGCUCUACCAGCAGCAGAUGAAUGGUCCGCUGACAGCCCCGCUGCCGACGGCGCCACAGGGUUACUCCGGCAUGACCAUGAACGGCAGCCAGACGUAUCCCCAACCGAUGCAGCCAGCCACGACCGGGUACAAUCCCUUCUUCCCCGCCCAGCCACAGCAACAGCCGCUGUCGGUCAACACGGCCCAGUUUGGUGGUAACAUGAGCGGCAAUCCCUUCACCCGGUCACCCACGAGGAUCCAGUCGCCAACCCUCUCACAAAUCCCCGAGCAAACACAACAAAACUUCUAUGCACAACCGGCGCAAUCGGCGCAACCUAUGCAACCGCAGGUGUCCAAUCCCUUUUUCAGCCAGAUGACACCACCCGCGCAGCAGUAUCCGGGCCAGAUGCAGCAGAUGCAAAUGCCCCAGCAUCAGCAGCAGCAGCAGCAGCAGCAGCAGAUGCCCCAGUACAUGGGGAUGGCUCCACAAAUGACCGGCUACAUGCAGCAGCAGCAGCCACCGCGGCCCGAUAAAGCAUCAAUCAUGGCGCUGUACAACCACGCCCAACCAGCACCCGCCCAGACCCCGUUCCAGACCCAGGGCGCCGGACAAACCACCACACCGGCACAGACCCCCAACUCCCUAUUCCCGUCCCAGACCUUUCCCCAGCAGCCACAGCAACAGCAACAGCAGCAGCAGCCGCAGCAACUAGUCCCGCAACCACAGCAGCAGCAGCAGGUACCGCACCCAACCCCUGUGAGCCCGGGGACGAUGAGCAAGAACCCGUUCAUGACGGCGGGAGCGGCAGCGGCGCCGAAGCAUAAUGUGAGCCGGGACAGCAUGAUGGCGGUGGGUUUGGAGUGGUCGAAUGGGCGGCAUAGCCCGGAUGCGUUUGCUAGCUUGAGCGCGAGGGAUACGCGCUGAUUUGGCUGGGGGGUAUCAAGGGAUGGGG